AAAAUAUGCGAGAGAAUCUACGCUCGAGAAGAAAAAAAUUCAACGUAGCGUAUUGCCCUUUUGUAAAUUAGGUCAAGAGACAGACCUCUUGCCGUAUCUUUACGUUGCCUCAUGUACCUACGGCGAGCGUCUACAUGCCAUGGACUGUUGUGUACGCCGUAAGAGAUAAGCGUACGAGUCUUAUCUUUCCUAUCUCCGUAAUGUUAUCGCGCAGUCCACCUUGCAUUCCCGUUUUUUGACGCUCCGCUCAGUCGCUUCGCGGCAUCUAUUCUCCUAUAGUCGUAGUCGCGCAGGUAACGCACCUCACCGUCCACAACGAGGUUAACGGAUGGGAAGCUGAUCGAUUACCUAGUUGACGGAAGAAAGCAGGGAAAUGCAACCACGUGUGUCGCGGGGCUGCCUCGCGUCCCUCGUUCUCCUCGCAUUGCUUUACAAGGACGCGAGUGCGUCCGGCCUGGAACCGGUGGGCACUGCACGCGAGUAUUCCGAGCUCGAUGACCUCGUUGGAAUCCAGGAUGAAACAGAGGUGACCAAGGACGUUGAGAUGGUCGAGGUGGAACAUGUAAAUAAGGCAGAUGAAGUAGAGACGACGAUGAGCAACGGCGCGGAAACCGAGGGUCCGAGAGGCCUCUCGCCUAGGAUGCUAAUCGGCGACGAGAUAAUUGGAAAAUACGUGAGAUACGACUCGGAUGACCCAGAGGCGGAUCGAUAUGCUCCAAAGUCAGACCAGUCGACACCUAAUUACGCCAUAACUGAAACGAGGCUACGUGAUGUACGCUCGAAAUUCAUGUAUUGGUAUUUUGACAAAGGAGGCGAGAAUAAUAUUGGAGACUAUCAAACCGAUAUUCAUAAUUCGAUCCCACAAAUCCAUAAAAAUUUCAAUUUCCAGUUGCCGUUUUUCGGCUUUCGUUACAAUUACACCAGACUAUCUAUGAAUGGGUUUUUGGAAUUCAGCGAUCCACCGGAACAUUACACCUAUCCACUUGUUUUUCCUGUCAAGGAUUGGCCAAAAAUGAAUGAUCCAGCCUUCAUUGGUAUUUUCUUCAGCAAAUGUCGAAUCGGUCAACUCAAGCCAACUGACGUUGAUCAGCGAAGACCUGGCGUUUACUUCCGAUUGGAGCGAGAUUUGCAGAAGAGAAGCGAUCAAUUUGGUGUUGAGGUGCGCGAGCGGCUGACUUGGGACAUCCGCGAGGGCGUCGUCGGGGCGGAUUCGUUCUAUCCGAAGCACGCGGUCAUCAUCACCUGGAAGAACAUGUCGUUCGCCGGUGGUAUCGACAUCUCCCUCUACAAAACCAACACCUUUCAACUAGUCCUUGCUACCGACGAGGUCUAUACAUACGCAAUUUUUAAUUAUCUCGACAUGCAGUGGACGAGCCACACGGAGGCGGGCGGUGAUACCACUGGCGGUGAAGGCGGUGUACCGGCUUACAUCGGAUUCAACGCCGGAAAUGGUACCCAGAGUUACGAGUACGCGCCUUACUCGCAGGCGUCGACGCUGCGCGAUCUCUCGGGUCGUGGCUGGGCGAACGGCUUCCCGGGCCGUCACAUAUUUCGAAUCGAUGAGAAAAUCCUGCUCGGAACCUGUAAUAAGGAUAUUGCCGGGGCCCACUUGCCCCUCGUCUUUGCACCGGAGAGCGGCAACAUGUUGGGCGGCACCGUCGUUAACAUCACGGGCCCCUGUUUCCUGCCCAACGACAAGGUCAGAUGUCGAUUCGACACGGAGGAGGUUGUGGGCACCAUCAUUGACACGAACCGAGCCAUUUGCGUGCAACCGUUCGUCAAGGCCGAGGGCUACAUACGCUUCGCCGUAGCCGUCAAUAGCGGCAGAUACGACUGGAAGGGAAAGUUCUUUAUAGAAACUCCCGCCUCGGCAACUGAAAAGAUAUUCUUUUCAACAAGAGCUGUACACGAACGCAAUCCAUCGGAAAUAAAAAUCACAUGGAAUCAAUAUAACUUGACGAGUAAUCUCAAUGCUGUUGUACAAAUAUCUUUGUGGGGUUACCGUGAGACUACCAUACGACCAGAACUCGAAUACAUAAACAUGAUAGAAGAAGGGGCAGCGAAUUCGGGUGUGUAUGUAAUAACGCCCGCCAAUUUUGCAAAUCGUAACGAUGAGCUCACCAACGACAUGCAGUUUGGUUUCCUCCAAAUUAACUUGACAAAUCCCUCGCAGUACUCGGGACUGGAUAUAACGCCUGUGCUCUGGAGCAAGCCAAUUCCCUUGGCAUGGUACUUUGGGCCCCAGUGGGAGCGGCUGCACGGGAGUCGCUGGUCCCAUCGUCUCUGCGACCAAUGGAUCAUGCACGACAGGUAUCUGAAGAAUUUCGCCGCUGAGGUGUCGCUGUGUCCCUGCACUCUCGAGCACGCCCUCAAUGACAAGGGACGCUUCCUGCCCGAUUACAAUUGCGACAAGGACUCCAACCCGGAUUGCUAUUACAAUCGGGGCGCCAUACAUUGCGUCACCACCGGCGCGCCCAACCUCGACGGCUCGGAGCAGCAGUGUUGCUACGACAAGAACAACAUGCUGAUGCUGACGUACGAUCAGCAAUGGGGAUCGCGUCCACACCGCUCUCACAACCUCGGCUACCUACCCUGGAACGAGGCGAACAAGGUGCCGACACUGUCCCAUUGGUUCCACGACAUGGUUCCCAUGUACAUGUGCUGCCUCUGGCAGGAGGAGCAAUCGGUCGGCUGCGAGACCUAUCGCUUCGAGCGCCGACCCUCCCAGGAUUGCAUCGCUUACCAGUCGCCGUCGAUCGGCGCCGUGUUCGGCGACCCCCACGUUGCCACCUUCGACGGCCUCGAGUACACCUUCAACGGCAAGGGUGAGUUCGUGCUGGUGCGCGUCGACGACGUGAAGGACAAGCUCGACAUACAGGCGAGAUUCGAGCAGCUGCCGGACAACUUUUACGGGGAGGUACGCGCCACCCACCUCACGGCCGUCGCAGCAAGAGGAAACAAUUCGGCGACAAUUGAGGUCAGAUUGAGACCAAAUCACGCUCAAUGGCGCUAUCGACUCGACGUCUUUGCGGAUAACAAGAGAGUUUAUUUCGACAGAAAUUCUUUGAAGUUCCAACAUUUUGCUGGUGUCGUUGUUUACACACCCACUUACAUCCUCAAUCAGAGCGAAGUUAUCAUAAUGUUCGAUACUGGUGCAGGAGUCGAGAUUGUGGAAAAUCAUGGCUUUAUGACCGCUAGGGUUUACCUACCUUGGUCUUACAUGAAUAAAACGAAAGGACUUUUGGGAAAUUGGAGCAACGACAUUAUCGACGAUUUAACGAAUCCCGAUGGCUUAUUAUCUUCCAUUAGCAAUCUUAAUAACUUCGAAGCGGUUCAUAAAGACUUUGCUAUAAAUUGGUUAUUAGAGGAUAGGGAAGAUUCGUACAAAGGUGGAUCGUUGUUUACAAGGGAAUUUGGUCGCACGGCAAGUUAUUACGCGAACAGAACGUUCGAACCGGAAUGGAAAAGAACGCCAGAAGAUAUUUUACCCUCUAAUAGAACGGUUGACAUUAUUCGAGCGCACGAUUUGUGCGGCGAUUCUUAUCAGUGUCAGUACGAUUACGCUAUGAGUUUAAAUCGAGAUUUAGCGCAUUUCACGAGAAAUUACUAUGAUACAUUUACACAGAUACGAGCCACUAAUUCGAGACGCAUAAUAUCGUGUGGAAUUCUGGAAACGCCGCGCUUCGGAAGAAAGAGCAACUUCCUGUUCGUGCCGGGAACAAGAGUUACUUUCGAGUGCAAUCAAGAUUUUGUGCUUAUCGGCGAUCAGCGGAGAAUUUGCCUACCCGAAGGACGCUGGGAUAUACCAGAGAACGGCUAUACCGAAUGCCUUCGACAAGUCGAGUACUCGCAGCGGACCGCCUGGACGACGAUGGGCAUAAUAGCUGCGGUCCUUGUCCCCGCGCUGAUCCUCGUUGGCAUCGCAUUCGCGUUGAUACGUAAAAACGGGAAGGAAUCGUGGAGCUCCAUGAGCAAGAGCUCGAGCUUGGCUAAAUUGACGAGACCAGUGGAUGUUGGUGAGACGAGCUCCGGCCACAAGCGGCGCAACUACGACGCGGUUUAUAGAACUCAUGAGCCCUUACCCGGCAAGCCGAACAUCGAUUUCGAGGACAAGGAUUGCGAUCUUGCGGAGCACUCCGGCAGUCCAGUGUCGACCAUUAGUUCCGGCCGCAGGAUCUCCAACCUCGACACGCAAAUUGCCAAGCAGAGCGACGUAUAAG